GCCUGGCAACACUGGCUCGCGUGCAUAGAAAAAAGUAGCAGCGACUCGAUUCGGGAUCGGCGCAACGGAGAUUUGCUCGGGCAGUUUUUCGCGUAAAUUCACUCCGAAACCGGUUGGAACCUACGCCAGUGAGUGCGGUGCGUGCGGGAACAGUGAAAUCGACCACCGGAACCGGAACACGACCGGUGAAAAAGCACUUCCAGACGCAACUUGCCACUCGCGGCUGCUGGACAUUUUCUUCUUUGCCUUUUUUUUUGCUUGCUUGCUUGCUGUCCAGUGAGUGUGAGUUUGUGUGUGCGUUGUGGGGGUUAGAGAGAGACAGAGCAAGCGGGACGCAGCAGGCCGCGCCGGGAGUGAACGGAACAACAACAACCCUUGACUAGCGGCACAUUAGUUUUGGAAGAAGCGACGACGAUCAUCCGGAGGAGCGUUUUUCGGUGGAGGUAAAAUGGAUGCAGAAUCGACCGUGGCGGAGAAGAUCGCUCCGCCGAACAAUGGUUCCGGUGAGGCGACGGAUCCGGCAGUGCUAAAGGAGAAGGCCGCCGAAGAACUCAAGUCAGCGGCAUCGCUCAAGGGCGGAGGUGGCGAGGAGACCACAGCAACUCCGGAAGCUGUCCCAAUUGAGAAGGACGACCUGCUGGAGCGUCUGGAGAAGAUCGACACCUCGUCACCCGUGACCAUGACCACCAGCACCGCCACCACCAAGGAAACCGGUGACGGCGCCUCGGCGGCCACAAACGACGUUGACAUGGAAAACGACGAUCUGAUCCAGCGGCUGGAGGCCAUCGAAAAGGGGGAAGCGGAAGAUUCGGCGACAACGACUUCUGCUUCCAAGAAAGAGGAGGACAAGAAGGAAGACGAUCUUUCUCCGGUGGAGGCAAACCACCAGAACGGGUUGGACAAACCUGACGAGGACGAACUGCUCGAGGAAAAGAUGGAAGUUGACGGCGCAGUAGCAGCGGAGGACAAGAAGGAAGAAUCUAGCGUGUCGGAAAAGACGACGAACGGCUCGUCAUCGGCAGAUCAUGACACGCAAGCGGCAAGUUCGGCCAAACGGCGCCACUCCGAGGACGAAGAGCUUGAGCCGUCGAGCAAGAAGGUUCACGUCGAAGAGGAUGCCAAGAAGCCGGAAACGGUGCCCGCCGAAGAGAAGAAAGAAGAACCUGUUGUAGAUGAGGUGAAGCCGGAUUCUGUACCGGAGGAAAAAUCCGAACCUGAACCGGUCGUAGAGGAAAAGCCUAAGCAAGAAGAUAAGCCAGCUGUCGAAGAAAGCGUCAAAGCCGAAGAAGAACCGCCAAAGGAGCCGGAAACCGUGGUUGAACCGCCUAAAGAGGAAGAGAAAGUGCCGGAAAAGGAGGACGUCGUUGACAGUGCUGAAGAGUCCGUUGCCGAAUCGAAGAAGGAGGAAAAGACCGCGACCGAAGAGAAGCCUUUAGAAGAGUCAGCACCUCCGCCAGAACCUGAUCCUGUUGAAGAGCCAGAUUCCAAAGUGGAAGAAGUGCCAGCUGUCGAAACUCCAGCCGUCGAAACUGCUCCUAAAGAGGAGAAAGAAGAGAAGCCUCAGGAAGUGGCUUCUGUUCCGGAGAAGAAGGAUGAGCCGGUGCUGGAGCCCGCUGUUGAGGAGACAAAGCCGGAAGAGCCCAAGGAAGACACAAAGCCGGUUGAAGAGGAAGCGAAAGCUGACGAGGUAGUCGCUGAAUCAGCGGAGAAGGAAGAAGUCGCCGUAGAAUCAAAGGACAAGUCGGAUGAAAAGCCAGAAGAGGUCUCCGUCGAAUCUACGGAAAAGUCGGAUGAAAAAAUGGAAGAGGUUCGGGAAUCUGUCGAGGAAGCCAAACAGGAGCCAGCUGCUUCAACGGAAAAGAUCGAACCAGUUGACGUCGAAACUGAGAAAGAGACCAAACCCGAGCCGGUUCCGGCUGAAGACAAAGUCGAAGCCCUUCCCGACACGGAACCAAAAUCGGAAUCGGAAUCCCAGCCAGAGGAACAACCCACAAGUUCGUCACCUGCCGAAGCGAAGGAGACAACCGACGACGCCGCCAUCAGUUCCUCAUCGGAACCGAAAGAAACGGCUGAAGCCAGCCCGGCAGAGGCUGAAACCGUUACGAGUUCGGACGAGAAACCUGCUUCCGAGCCGGAAAAGGUUGUCGAUUCCACACCAGAGGCAGCCUCCCCAGCUCCAACUCCGGCCGAACCGCAGGCCGACGAAGCGAUGGAAGUUGACGCCGUCGAGCCAGUUGUGGAGGCGUCCACGGCCGCCGAAGUUUCCGAAGCUCCCUGUGCCAAGAAGGAGGCCUAUCAGUGCACCGAAAAGGAGGAAGAAAAAAAGGAGGACACCACCCCGAAAGAAGAGGUUGCGGUAGCUGAACCAGAGAAGGUCACCCCCACGGAAGAGGAUGAGCAAAUGGAGGUAGACUCCGCGGCCGUUGCGCCUUCCCAGAGCAAAUCCGACGGAGAUGUUACGGAAGGCAUGAACACUAGCAGCGAGGAGCUGAUUAAAACUCUUGCCAAGGAGGGAGACGCAGCGGAGAAGGAGGAAAGUGUCGUCGAUAGCGCGAGCGAAACGAACAACACAACCACGACGGUGUCGGCCCUGGACAAAAAUGUGGACGCCGAGGAGGUGCCGCCGGCGCCGGCCGCCGAUGAGUCCAAGGUGCUGGACGACAGCAUCGAGUGCUCGCUGCCCACGUCCAGCUCGGACAAGAUGGCCGAUCGGUUGAAGCAGCGGUUGGAUUUGAUCUCGAACGGAAGCAGCACACCGAACGCGGCCGUCAGCUCGAGCAACGUGUACAACUCGACCCCGAUCCAGAAGCAGUUCGAAAUCAGCUCGGAGAACGUGAGCAAGAUUACGCGACCCUCGGUAGACAACAGCCACCAGGAGGAGGAAGAGGAGCACAGCGCCAUCGUGGCGGACAAUUCGACGACCGUGGACGAAAAGGAAGCGGUGGCGUCUACCUCGGCGCCAGUUGCAGCGAAGGAGCCUGAACCCAAGAAGGAAGCUCCCGAAACGAGCAAGGAAUCGGCAGCCUCGUCGGUGAAGGAAGAAAGCAGUCUGAAGUCGUCGGAAUCGUCGGAGGUCGAUUCGUGUACAGCUUCCUCGGCGCUAAACACCGCAGAGGAAACCAACCUGUACGCCAGCAACGCCCGCAAAUUCAACGGAAUCUCCUCCACGUCAGGAUCCGAGCUGGACGACAAAUCUGCCGUGCAGACGCCGGCAAAUGUGACGACCACUGCAGCCUCAACCACAACGACAACCGCCGCCACAAACAAGCUUGACCUCACACAGGCCCUGACUUCCGAGGAUGCGCUGUACGAGGUCAGCGUAUGGUUCGACGGAGUGGAGUUGCAGUUCUUGUCGGUGGAGAAGGUGAUGGAAAACAAGCUGGCAACGCCCGGUUUGGCCGGUUCCACCCAAGAUCUGACCGGCAUUGACUCGUCAAAGCAGUCCUCCAACGGUAGCGUGGGAAGUCUUGGCCCGUUCCAGCUGCCAUCGGCGAGACCGGCCGCCGAUUCACACUCAAGCGCAACGGACAGUUCGGGGACAAUCUCCAGCCAGUCGAAGGCACCACUUUCCAAGGUUAAGCACACCGUCCGGGGGGCCAAGGCGCUGGCAUCGUUGAUGAUCGAAGAGUUCACCAAGAUCAAGCGGGCACUCAGCAAGGAUGACGAGCUAUCGGACGCCGAACUGGACCAAAGCAGUUCCAACGCGAAGACGCCCAAAACCACCGCCAAAAAGGGUGGUCGAGGACAGAAGCGAACCCGCACCGAGUCCGAAGCCGAAGAAGACUCCAAGUCGAAGCAAGCCUCCUCGAAGAGCGCCAAGAAGCAGAAACCGGACACACCCGUACCUGCCGAGCCGGAACCGCCAGUGAACCAGGACGAUUGGUUGUGCUGUAUGGCGCGGUGGUCCGACCGAAAGUACUACGCCGGCAAGGUCACAGGUUACAAGGGAGACAACAAGUACAUGGUGCUGUUCGAGGACGGCGCCUCGAAGGCCCUCUCCAAGGACGUCAUCGUGAUCGGCGACAAGGACACGCUCCCGAUCGUCGGCCACGCCGUACACGCGCUCACCGGGGGCGACACCUACGAGGCCGGUUUCGUCGACGAGGUCAAGCGGAACGAAACCACCAACGAAGUGUCGUACGUGGUCCGGAUCGGCGAGGGCACCGUCGAGGUGACCGCCUCCGACCUGUAUCUGAACGAGGAGCAGGCCAAGUACAUCAACCGGGCAUGCAAGGCCGCCGAAGGGGGCGCGGACGAUCCGAUGCAGUCGCCGUCGGCCAGCGGCAAGCGGGGCAGCGCGACAAACACGCCGAUCCUGCAGACGCCAGACGAAGCGUCCGCCGCGGGUGGUGGCGAAAAGGGUUCGCGGUCGACGCGGAGCAAACGCGGCGGGGACAAGCCACAGACGCCGGUCACGCCCGAGGCUGGUUACUCGGGUGGCGUGGGCAAGGGCAAGGGACGGCGCGGUCGAAGGCUGUCGUAAAUCCGCGACGCGCAUUCUUCGUGCGACGACGACGUCGAGAGCUCACGCCUUUUUGUGUGCGCGCGCUCGAUGAGAAAAAAAAAAACAAAACUCUUAAGUAAUAUAACAUCAAAAAACAGCUAAAAAAACAACACAGCAAAAUCAGAAAAGAAAAACCGUUUAUAGUCAAUAGGAACAAAAAGUAAACUUUUUAGCUAUACAUAUUGUACUCUCUCCACCUUCCCCCUCCACCCCUCCUUCCCCUACAAUCGCAUAAUAUCAGACGACACGAGAAUGGAGACGCGACGGCGGCAGCGGGGCAAGCCAUUCUAUGUUAUUUAGCUAUAACAGCGUAAAGGAAAAGCGAGAGAGAGAGAGAAGGAUAAGAACAAUGACAGCCACAUUUCGCCAGCAAAGUCACCAAUCGUAUAUAAAUUGAAAGUAUUAUUGAAUCGAAAGUGAAACAAACAAAAAAAAACAACAGAAAAGUGUGAGCAAGUGUAUUGAGAAUAUCAGCAAAAAAUUACGCGUUUAGACUUUGUGAGUGGUGUUGUGUAUAGACAAAAAAAAACAAGAAGAAAAAAACACGUUUCCAUGUUUUAGCAAAAGAAACUUACAAGAAAUUAUAAAAGGAGACAAAAACAAAAUUAAAAGAGAUAUUUGCUUUUCGGUGUUGGCAUUUAGAGAAGGAGUCUUCUUUGCACUUUUAACAACACCUUUCCCAACUGAAGGCAAACAAUAUAUAAAAAUAUGCAAACUCAAGAAUUUGGUCGAAAUUUUUGGCAUUCCUACAACAAACUAGGGUAGGGUGGCAGUCGUCCGCUGACUUACAGAUAUAAGUUAUUGCUAGGGUUUAUUUUUUUCUUUCCUUUCUUUACAAAACAUAGAAUUAGCGUUAGAUUCGUUCGCUUUGGCGUUCUGUGACAGACUAUUUUAACAAACUGUGUAUCAUGCUAGAGGCAAAGGCAGAUUAGAUUUUAGAAAUCUACAAACUAUCCUCGUGGAAAUAGAAAGGUUCAUAAUACUAAACAAUGCAAAUUUGUGUUCUAUUCUAUCAACAUCAAAAAAACAACAAGUAGAUUUGUGGUCUGAUUUGAAUCGUUUCUUCCAUCUAAAUUACACAAAAUAAAACAAAAACACACACACACACUCCAAGAUGAGAAAUGCCACCGAAGGAAGAAGGUCUCUCCUCUUCACUCUACAUCCCACACUCAUCAAUUCUUCCUGUUUUGUGACAAACAAAAAAAAACAAACAGCAGCUGAAUGAAAAUAACUAAUCUCUCCAGCAUAAAAACGCAAUUGAAUAGUGUAAUAGCAUUUAAGAGGAUAAUCGUAAAUCAAUUAGAUCACACACUCACACACGCUACUAGUGUUGGUGUCAACAACAACAACAACUAAACACACACACAGACAUAUUAUGCAGCAACUGAAAGGGAAGCAACCGUUUGUAAUUUAGAGAAACAGAAUCAAUGGAAAAAAAAACCGGACAGAAACAUAAACAUCCGUAGAAUAUUUACUAAAUGUUCCACAAGCGUAGAAGAAUGAAAUUCCUACACCACGAAAUUGGCUGGCACACACAAAAAUAACAAAAACCUGUUCGUCGUGAAAUUAUGAAGGAAGAUGAAGGAAAUCUCACUCUGCUAAUAUCGGUAUUAUAUAUAAAGAAAGAAGAAGAGGGAAAAAAAACACACAUGGAAAGGAAGGCAUUAUUCAAGUAAGCAAAGGAAAACACAUUCAACAGAAACAAAAA